UAGUAUAUUCAGAUGAAUGUAAUAUUGUAGUUGUUAAUCUCUGUCUUGGUUAGUGUGAAGAGGACAUUAGUGUUGAGUGUUGUGAUGAGUGUUACCCAGGCUUUUCACACCCCGCUUCUCCUCAUGUGUCUCAGUUCUGACAUAACGUGGCAGCAACCGUGACUAACUUCUUUGAUACUUGUAUUGGUAAUGGUCGACCCGCUGAAGGUGUUUUGGGUGUUAACCAAUAGCACCUACUUAGUGACGAAGUUCAUCCGCAUUGGCAUCGCCGACAAGAAUGACAACCCGCCGUAUUUCGACAAGGCGCUGUACGAGGCUGAGGUUGAUGAGAACGAGGACAUCCAACACACCGUACUCACCGUCACCGCCAAGGACCACGACGAAUCCUCCCGUAUUCGAUAUGAGAUCACAAGCGGGAACAUAGGAGGAGCUUUUGCAGUCAAGAACAUGACUGGCGCCAUCUACGUAGCAGGCGCACUGGACUACGAGACGAGAAAGAGGUACGAGCUGCGACUGGCGGCCUCUGACAACCUGAAGGAGAAUUACACCACAGUGGUGAUCCACGUGAAGGACGUGAACGACAACCCACCGGUCUUCGAGCGACCAACAUAUCGCACUCAGAUCACGGAGGAGGACGACAGAAAUCUUCCGAAGCGAGUUCUGCAGGUGACAGCAACAGAUGGUGACAAGGAUCGACCACAGAACAUCGUAUACUUCCUAACGGGUCAGGGCAUCGAUGCUGAUAACCCUUCGAACAGCAAGUUUGAUAUCAACCGGACAACAGGCCUGAUCUUUGUUCUGAAGCCUCUGGACCGAGAUCAACCCAAUGGCCGACCACAGUGGAGGUUCACAGUAUUUGCUCAGGAUGAGGGUGGAGAAGGGCUUGUCGGCUACGCAGAUGUGCAAGUUAACCUCAAGGACAUCAAUGACAAUGCACCCAUUUUCCCGCAAGGAAUUUAUUUUGGAAAUGUUACAGAAAAUGGCACAGCAGGAAUGGUGGUCAUGACCAUGACAGCGGUGGACUAUGAUGACCCCAAUGAAAGCACCAAUGCCAGACUCAUCUACUCCAUAGAGAAAAAUGUAAUCGAAGAAGAAACAGGCUCGCCAAUCUUUGAGAUUGAAUCAGAAACUGGAGUGAUCAAGACUGCAGUAUGCUGCUUAGAUCGAGAAAGAACGCCAGAUUACUCCAUACAAGUCGUAGCUAUGGAUGGAGGUGGCCUCAAAGGAACUGGAACAGCAUCAAUCCGUGUGAAGGAUAUAAAUGACAUGCCUCCACAGUUCACAAAAGAUGAAUGGUUCACAGAAGUUGAUGAAACAGAUGGAACAAAUUUACCAGAGCCGCCAAUUCUUACUGUUACUGUUCAUGAUGAAGAUGAAACAAACAAGUUUCAGUACAAGGUGAUAGAGAACAGUGGAUAUGGUGCUGACAAAUUCACCAUGGUAAGAAAUGGUGAUGGGACGGGUUCUCUGAAGAUCGUGCAGCCUCUGGAUUAUGAAGACCAACUCCAAAGUAAUGGCUUUAGGUUCAGGAUACAGGUCAAUGACAAAGGUGAAGAUAAUGACAAUGACAAAUACCACGUGGCCUACUCAUGGGUGGUAGUGAAGCUGCGAGAUAUCAAUGACAACAAACCACAGUUUGAGCGCCCCAACAUAGAGGUUUCAGUAUAUGAGAACGCAGAAGUAGGGAAGAGUCUGGAGACCUUCAAGGCAACUGAUCCAGACCAAGGUGGAAAGAGCAAAGUGAAAUAUGCCAUUGAUCGCACUUCAGAUCGAAAACGCCAAUUCUCUAUCAAUCAAGAAGGAACAGUCUCCAUCCAGCGUAACCUGGACCGCGAAGAGACACCUCGACAUCAGGUGAAAGUGCUUGCCAUCGAUGACGGUGUUCCACCAAAGACGGCCACAGCCACGCUUACUGUGAUUGUACAGGAUAUUAAUGAUAAUGCACCAACAUUCCUGAAGGAUUACCACCCAGUUCUUCCUGAACAUGUGCCCCCCAGGAAAGUGGUGGAGAUUUUAGCAACUGAUGAUGAUGACAGAUCAAAAAGCAAUGGACCACCUUUCACAUUCAGGAUGGAUCCUAAUGCAGAUGACAUCAUCAGAGCCUCAUUCAAAGUUGAACAUGACCAGAAGGGAGCUAAUGGAGAUGGAAUGGCUGUUGUAACUUCCCUCCGAUCAUUCGAUCGUGAACAACAAAAAGAGUAUCUCAUCCCUAUUGUAAUCAAGGAUUCAGGAAACCCUGCAAUGUCGGGCACUAGCACUCUGACCGUGGUCAUCGGUGAUGUUAAUGACAAUAAGAUGCAGCCUGGCACCAAAGACAUAUUUGUUUAUAACUAUAUGGGUCAAGCACCAGACACAGAAAUUGGGCGUGUUUACGUGUAUGAUCUAGAUGACUGGGAUCUGCCAGACAAGAAGUUCUACUGGGAAGGAGCUGAGCAUCCUCGCUUCAAGCUGAACGAGGAUUCGGGCAUGAUCACAAUGAGGCAUGGCACUCACGAUGGCCGGUAUCAUCUGAAAUUCAAAGUAUAUGACCGCAAACACACCCAGACAGAUGUACCAGCCAAUGUGACAGUAACAGUGCGAGAGAUUCCUCAUGAAGCUGUGGUUAAUUCUGGCUCAGUGCGCAUUUCAGGACUCACUGAUGAGGAUUUUAUUAGGGUCUGGAAUUAUCGGUCACAAAGCCUGCAACGCAGCAAGGCAGACCGUUUCCGAGACCAGCUGGCUGACCUACUCAACACGGAGAGAGAAAAUGUAGAUGUGUUCAGUGUACAGUUACGCCGGAAACAUCCGCCUGUGACAGACAUUCGAUUUUCUGCUCAUGGUUCCCCCUACUUUAAACCAGUUCGACUCAAUGGCCUUGUUUUAAUGCACAGAGAAGAAAUUGAGAAGGAUGUCGGUAUCAACAUCACAAUGGUUGGUGUUGAUGAGUGCCUGUAUGAGAACCAGAUGUGUGAGGGAAGUUGUACCAACACACUGGACAUCAGCCCUCUGCCGUACAUGGUUAAUGCCAAUAAAACCUCAUUGGUUGGGGUGCGAGUUGAUGUGAUUGCUGAGUGCACAUGUGGAGCUCGUAACUUUACGAAAAGCGAGUCUUGUCGCACUAAUCCUUGUUAUAAUGGAGGACGAUGUAUUGAAGGGAGAUAUGGCCUUAGUUGUUCAUGUCCGACUGGCUACAAUGGCCCUCGGUGUCAGCAGACUUCACGGAGUUUCCGCGGCAGUGGUUGGGCAUGGUAUCCACCACUUGACAUGUGUGACAACUCUCAUCUUAGUUUAGAAUUCAUAACAAGAAAAGCAGAUGGCAUGCUACUUUACAAUGGACCAAUAGUACCUCCAGAAACAGAUGAAGUCCUGGUUUCAGAUUUUAUCUCUUUGGAACUGGAGAGAGGCAUGCCUAGGUUGCUAAUAGAUUUUGGUUCUGGAACUCUGGAAUUGCGAGUGAAAACGAAAAAAUCCCUGGAUGAUGGUGAAUGGCAUAGAAUUGAUGUCUUCUGGGAUACAGAGAAUGUUCGACUAGUUGUCGACUACUGUAAGUCUGCAGACGUGGCUGAGUUGGAGGAUGGAACACCCCCUGAAUUUGAUGACUCAAGUUGUCAGGCACAUGAUACUGUGCCACCUUUCAAUGAGUAUCUCAAUGUGAAUGCCCCAUUGCAACUUGGAGGACUUUAUGUUGAACAAUUUGACCCUACACAUUAUCACUGGCAGUACAUGCCUGUGGGCAAAGGCUUUGAUGGUUGUAUAAAGAAUGUAUUCCAUAAUAGCAAGCUUUAUGACUUAGCAAAUCCAGGCCUUACCCGGAACAGUAUGGCAGGCUGCCCACAGACGGAAGAUUUGUGCAACACACAGGAUUCAACAUUCCGGUGCUGGGAGCAUGGCAUGUGUGUGGGUAGCUUCUCUGAAUCAUACUGUCAGUGCAACCCAGGUUGGACUGGUCCAGGCUGCAUCACUCCUACAGUCCCCACAACAUUCAAACCUCAAAGCUACGUCAAGUAUGCGCUGUCCUUUGAACCUGAUCGCUUUUCCACGCAAAUACAAUUACGCUUCCGGACAAGAGAGGAGCAUGGUGAAUUGUUCAGAGUCAGUGAUCAACACAAUCGGGAAUAUGGAAUUCUUGAGAUCAAAGACAGUCGGCUUCAUUUCCGUUACAACCUAAAUAGUCUGCGGACAGAAGAGAAAGAUAUCUGGUUGAGUGCCAUAACUGUAGGUGACGGACAGUGGCACACAGCUAGGGUUUCAAGGUAUGGUUCUGCAGCAAGUCUGGAACUAGAUGGGGGUGAAGGGCGAAGGUAUAAUGAAACAUUCCAGUUUGAGGGUCAUCAGUGGCUCCUUGUGGACAAGCAGGAAGGGGUCUAUGCUGGUGGGAAAGCUGAGUACACUGGUGUCCGUACAUUUGAGGUCUACGCAGAUUAUCAAAAAGGCUGUCUGGAUGAUGUAAGACUAGAAGGGAAGCAUCUUCCUCUGCCCCCUGCAAUGAAUGGAACGCAGUGGGGACAAGCCACAAUGGCACGCAACUUGGAACGGCACUGUCCUUCUAACAAACCCUGUGCCAAUGUCAUAUGUUCUGAUCCUUUCGAAUGUGUUGACCUUUGGAAUGAAUAUGAGUGCACCUGUGGAGAGGGUCGGAUCGUAGCUCCUGAUGGAAAAGGCUGUACAGACAAGAAUGAGUGUCUCGAGGGCCCAUGUCUGAAUGGGGGCACAUGCAUCAACGAGGAUCCUCAGCUGCGUUACCGUUGCGUGUGCCCCGAGGGCUUCUGGGGGGAGAACUGCGAAUUGCUUCAAGAGGGCCAGACACUCAAACUCAGUAUGGGUGCACUUGCAGCCAUCUUGGUUUGCCUGCUCAUCAUCCUUAUCCUGGUACUGGUGUUUGUUGUGUACAACCGUCGACGUGAAGCGCACAUCAAAUACCCAGGACCAGAUGAUGAUGUGCGUGAGAACAUUAUCAAUUACGAUGACGAAGGUGGUGGUGAGGAUGACAUGACAGCUUUUGAUAUUACACCACUGCAGAUUCCCAUUGGUGGCCCAGUGCCUGAACUGCCUGCUAAAUUAUCCUUUCCUCCAAUGGGUCCUGAACCUAAUGUGGGUGUCUUCAUUGAGGAGCACAAGAAACGAGCUGAUGCCGAUCCAAAUGCUCCUCCUUUUGAUGAUCUCCGAAAUUAUGCAUAUGAAGGAGGUGGCAGCACUGCUGGUUCCCUUUCUUCUCUGGCCUCAGGAACCGAUGACAACGAGCAAGACUUUGACUAUCUUGGAGCAUGGGGACCACGGUUCGACAAGUUGGCAGACAUGUAUGGACAGGAGGGGGAGGAGAGUGAGGAAGAGCAGUAGGAAGAUCAAGAAAGAAGAGCUCCGUGUUUUAGGUUCCCCUCGAAUUACACAGCAUAUACACAUACACACAUAUACUUGUAGAAUCCCAUACACUUUUGUAUGGUGAGUGAGAACCCUGCAGUUUUGUGUGGUCAAGAGAAGAGGCAAGGAAUUGGCACUAACAUGAUCUCAUACCUGCACUCCAAAAAUCUUCAGCAGCACCUGUUCAUUCCCUCUUUUUGUGCCAGUCAUUACCUUGUCUCCAGAUGUGACGACUUAAUAUCUUCUACUUAACAGCAUACAGUACUGAUAUUAUAUGAACCUCUCACUAUCCAGAGGUAAUUCCUCUGUUUCACCCACAUCCUCUCAUCAUUCAUGAAACAUAUAGGUUACCAACCUUGGAAACAACCGCUUCACUAGUGCUGCAUCUCUCUUGUCUGUCAUUGUUAAAAGGGCUGCAGUGUCAGUGCCAUGCAUUUUUUAAGAAAAUGCUUGUUUUCUAGGUGGAGUACCUAUAUUGUCUGUGGGCCUUAAACACUGGGGUUGAACAAAUACACUUAGAAAAGGAAUUAAGACUGUUAAAUGACUCAUCGUAAUCAUGGUGUCAUGUGUCAUACUGUGUUCUUGGGUAUAAGAUGAGCAUAAUGCCAGUAUUUACUAUAGCAUCGUAAUUCUCACAAGUCAGGAAACUGUUUUCAGUGUACUGUACAUAGCUGAUAUACUUAGCAUAGCUAUCUCAAAUACUCAUGAAAAUCACAUCCCGUAGACUUAUAAUGUAAAUAGAUUGUCGAUAUUGUGUUGUAAUAUUUGAAAGCAUUUUGCACAUAAUGAUAAUCAACAACCGCCAAGUUCACAUUUCUCACUUAGUUGGGAGUGCAUGAAUCAGGUCGACGUAUGUCUCACACCACGAGGCUGUCGUGCUCAUCUGUCCUCAAAGGCCGCAGUUUUAACUCGGAGUUUUAUGUUAUGUGCUUGUAAGGUUUGCACUUGUUCCUGAUUGGUUGAGUGCAUGUGUGCACCUCUAGUAUGAAUGUGCAAAACUCGAUUUAUCCAGCAUGUGAAGGUAAUUCGCAUAGCAUAGGAUUAGUUCUGAAUGAAGAAUAUUUGAGUAUGUAAACUGAGUGUCAGUAUGCAAGUUAAAUACAAAUCAAAACAGUAGUCUGUAUUCUUUAUAUUUAUUUUUUUUCAUCCCUGCCUCGUUUGACAAGGGUUAGUGCCAAUAAUCAAGGAAAUAUAUAGAUCAUAAAUAAAAAAGUGAUGGUAAAAAUUUGCGUCAAUGUGUCACAUUCGUGUACUGACUUGUAGAGUUAGGAAAUAAUUUUAAGAAAUACGAAUAAGAUACUUUACCAUAUGUUUGUCAUGUUCUGAAACUUUGCUGUAAUUACCCCUUUUUUAAUUUAUGGACUGUGUCAAGUGAUUAUUACCAAUAUUAAUUUGUAUGUGUUACUCAUGAAUGAUGUUGUACUUUCUGUGUGUUUGGUUGAAUGCAUGUUUUGAGUAUUUGAAAAUAAUAAUUUGGCUACUAGAUACCAACUUAGCUUGAUGACCUCAUUUUAUGUUGUGGCUAGCUUAGUGUUCUUUGAGUAUUGUAUUGAUUUCCUGGCAGCUUCAUCUCUUUGCCAUGUUAAGAAUAAUUCUUCAUGGUUCAAUAUUUUGUCAGCAAGUGUACUAGUUUCUUAUAAAUGAUAUUCAGUAUUACGUUUGAUUGUUUGAAUCCUAAGCCAGAAUGGUGUAUACUUCUUGCCAUGAAAAAGCUUUUUGGAGGAAAAGAAGAAAUUCAUUUUAGAUCUGUUCCAAACAUUCCAAAAAGUGUUUAAAUUUGUGUAUGAAGUCACAGUGUGGAACCCAAGUGCAGUGAGUAAGCAAUCAGCACUCACACAAGCCUCCAGGAUAUUUGUGUCAGCCUGAAAAACUACCAAGAGGAGUGAAACGGAAAGGACGAUACUUGGACCGAUAUUUGUAACUGCUCAAAAUCCAGUGUACAGUACAUCCCUUUCCCAUAUGUUUGACUCUUUAUCGUUCGCAUGAAAGUAGUUAAAGUCGCGGCAGAUACUGUGGGAAAACUUGGUAUCUUCAGUAUUUGGUAUUCUCACAUAAUUACAUCCCAGUGACAUAGUACUGUUGUUAGUUUCAACUCAUUAUAACAAAUCUUUCACUAUAUUUUCUCAGAGUAUUUAUAAAGCUGCAUAUAAACACUGAGAUUCCUUUAGCCAUAGAAUGUUACAACACCUACUUCAUGACCUUGCUAUUUAUAUGUAAGCAAUUUUAGCAAUAUUUUUACUGGACAUUAGUAUCAAAAUUGUUCAAUAUAUUAUGAACUCAAGUUCUGGGUAUCUUUUGGAUGAACUGUAGCAAAUCAGAGCACUGUUUUUGAUUGUAUGUCAAUAUUGCUCAAUAAACAAAUGCCUGAAGUACCAUGCUUCUUGCAUUACAUGGCAGGGGUAUUGGGGAAUUUCGGCAUAUAAAACAUUACAUUGUGAGAGUUGCAAGAUUUGUGAGUGUCUGUCCCUUGUAACCAAUUUUCUAGGCUGUGGUCCACAAUGAUAAGAAAUAAGAAAAUGGUGUAUAUGGUUAAUUUCUUAUCCUUGAUUCAUUGUGAAUGGAGCCUCGAUGCAUACAGACUAAUACACAGGAACACUCCACCCCUCCUCACCCCACACAGGCUCUGUAUCACUGCCAUCUAGAAUGUAAAUGUCAUGUGUACAUGUGUUGUAUUUUGUUUGAAGUGCGAACCAAGUUGAUGAUGAAUCCCAGUGAACAGUCAUUCACAUUCUCCAUUUAAUUAGAGUGAGUGUUUUCUGAUAUUAUCUGUCAUGUUUAGUUAUAUAAAGAAAAUUUGGUUCAA